CGGAUAGAAGAAAGGUUGUCAGUUGAUAGUGUCAGACGUAGAAAUCAGUUUUGUUUACAAACAGGAUCUCGGCUUCAGAGAAAUGGAUGGUGAUUUGUACCUGAUAACACUCGUGAGGAAUCGUCCCGUAUUAUGGAGCAAAAAUUCAACUACCAAAAGCAAUAGCGAUGAAGAUAGAGAACAUGCUUGGAGGGAAAUUUCUCAGAAGAUUGGAACGGGGAGUGAUUGGAUUGAGGCGCGAUGGCGCAGUCUUCAAGAACGCUUCCAUGCUGCCCUUAAGCUAAGUGGCACAAAACAACCGAAAUUCAAAUAUUUCAACGAAAUGCUAUUCUUAGCACCAGAAGUGAGAACUCAUCAAAAUAGAAAAAAACUAAUUUCAAAUGAACCUGAAUUUAUAAUCACUAAGAAAGAGUUGGAGGAUUAUAGUGAUGAUGGAGACAGUGAAAAUGUGUUUGAAGAAAUAAUAACUGAGUCCGAAGAACCUCAAACGGUGGAUCAAACCACGCACACUGUUAUCACGGAGAUCUUUGGUGAUGAAUGCGAUUCAACAGAACCCGAAAAUGAGAAUAACCCGCAGCAUACACAAAAGCGCCCGUCAUCACAACUUUAUCAGGGAGACAUUGAGGAGGAAACUGUUGACGUGGAGCAACCCCCAGUGAAAAUGUCCAAACUAGAAUCGUCAGCUACUAUUAAAAUCAAGGAAGAAAACGAAGCAGAAGCUAUUACGACAAGUGCUAAAGAUUGUGAAGAUUUUAAAGAAGAUUCGAAGCCAAUAGAAAUGUUAGCCCCCAAUUCUGUAGAAAAAAGCAGUGAUCGUUGUGAGGAUACCAUCUUCGGCGAGCUUGUUACUGUUAUGCUUAAGGGAAUUCCGGACGCAAAAAAGAAACAAGCUAAGAAGGAAAUAAUGAAUAUUUUGCUUUCAUAGAGUAAAGGAAAUAUGCAUGCAUGAAUUUGUACAAUAAUUGUGAAGUGGCGAUACCGCCAAUGACUAUUUAAGUGCAUUAGAUCGGUUCAAUCCCCCUUUUUUCAGGUUUUAUUUUCUGUUUGUUUGCUUAAUUUUGUUCAAAUGAGCCCACUAUGCUACAUUCUUUUGUAUAUGUAUGUUAACACUUUCUUAGUCACUCGAUUUAAAAGGCAAUAGACCGCCGAUUUAUGGAAACUAUUAUAUAUAAGAUUAAUUUGUCCACAUAUUAUAAGAUGAUGUUCUGCCGGUGAAGCAUAAACAGUAAAUAUAGGAAUAUUUUAAUAA